CUGUACCCGUCAUGUCGUUCCCUCAGCAGCUCGCCAGGAAGACUGUCACUCUCCAGCAGGCAUAUGAUGCUGAGACGCAGCGACUCCUGCAGGUUUGGGUGACUGAGAUCAAGGAGAAAUUCAUCCAAAAAUGCCAAGCUGCAGCGGAUCAGCGGCAGUUUUCCUGCCGCAUGGAUGUUAACCGUCCAGACCAUCUGUCGUCCAGGGAUGUUCGUGAAGACCUCUUGCAGCAGCAUCUCCAGGGCAUUCUGGCGGAGUUGGGCUUCCGGCAUGGAGCUGUCUCUCCUUUUUUUUGGAAGCAGGUGCCUUGCCGUCGAGGCUACGCCUGGGUUCGCUGCACCCGUCUGACAGCCAAUUGGGACGCAGAUGCGCCCUCAGCCGCCCCUAAGUUGAGUGAUUCAGAGCUCUUUCUGGCACACUUUAGGGUGGACGAUGCAACCUCCACCCGCCCACCGCCCAGCAGCACCUCCGCGACGUGUCCUAUUUGUUGGCAGCAUGGCCCUGCCGUGGUCCUGAUGCCCUGUGGCCAUGUGCUUUGCCGCUACUGCCAUUUUACCAAGGACUUUCUGAUCGAGUUCUGUGCCUUGGGACUGGAGGAACUCAGAAAGCUGAGUGAAGGCGCUGGUGAAGAAGUUGACGCAGGAGCUGAAAAGCUUGGCGGAAGGGUCGAAUUCAAGGCCAGACUUGAGAUCCAUGCAAUCUUUUGUGCCCUGAUUUGGCCUUCGCAGUUUGAUGUGGAGAUAGGUGGCAGCUCGCCACGGGUUGAUCUCAUGCAACUUUGCCAUCGUUGCAAAGGACUGCUUCGCCCGUUUUUUCUCAGCCUUCUGCACUGCAUGGCCUUCGCUCAGCGGUUGGCAAAGAACCUCAACACCUAUGCUGCGGAAACUCAUCGCUUGAUAGAAAAAAGGUUUGCUGACGUAAGGGAGCACUUCAUGGAAAGAUGCGAGGCCGCGUCGAAGAAUGGAGAGUCGUGCGACUGGUGUGACUAUAGUUUUGACCGUUUAGCAGAGAGACGAGAUUACGACGAAGACGUGGUCAAGAGGAAACUUGAAGAACACCUAGCCGACUUGGGCUUCCAAACUUUGUCAGUCCGGAGCGCGAACAAGAUUGAUUAUUUACAGGUGACUGCCUCUUGGAGUGCAGAUGCCGGGAGUUCCCGCAAAAAGAAGCACAGCAGUCGCCCCUCCGGUGGCACCAGCGUGACGUGCCCCAUCUGCCACGAGCAUCGCCCAGCCGUAGUUCUGGUGCCCUGUGGCCACGUGGUCUGCCGCGACUGCCACUGUGGCCAGCAGCUGCGCCAGUGCCCCAUGUGCCGGGCGGCGAUCAAAUCGACCAGCCGUGGGCUCUUCAUGGACUGCCCUUUGAAUUUCAAUCUGGACGCCUUGUGUUUUUUGGUGUUGCCCCACAGUGAGAGGGCGUGGCAGCUUGCCCGAACUGGAGUGCUCGGUCCAUCUCAGUCCUUUUUAAGCAUCCGUGUCGAUGCCCAAAAGCGGUGUUCGACCUUAGCAGCCGUGAGUGCAUGUGAAAGGCGAAGAAAGGGGGCUUCCGCUACUGGCAUCGAUGCAUAUCGUGAGGAACUUAGACUGCGUUGCGCUUUGAUUGCAGCCUUCUGCAUGGCAUUUGCUCAGCAGUUGGGGAGGAGCCUCAGGGCCUAUGCUGUUGAAACUCAGCGCUUGAUGGCCAAAGAUGUUGCUGACGUAAGAAACGAGUUCAUGUGGCUCUGUGAGGCUGCAUCGAAGGCUGGCGAUGUCGAGAUUGUGAGCUGGCUAACAUGUCGUGUCACCGCCUCUUGGACUGCAGAUACUGAGACUUGCUGCGAAGAGAAGCACAGGCCUCUUCAUGGUCUGAACCUUGUGGGCUGUGCUACGCACCUGGCUGGCUUUGGUGGGCUCUUGUUGGUGAGAGGAUUACAACCAACAGAUGACGACAAGGAAAGGACUUUAGUCUACGUUCCACUGGAGUCUCCACGGCACUGCGGUACGAGUGCAGAUCUUGCCAUGCUGGCUCGCAAUCUCACUUCCGAUCAGAGCCAGACUUUCGCAGGGAGUUUGUGGUUGAAGCAUUUGGUGCAGUUGGAGGUGAAACCGGGUGAAGCAGGAUCUCCAGCCAUUUUUGCCAUCGCUGCACAGACCGUCAAUCUGAAGCAGGCGUAUGACGUGGAGACGCAGCGAUUGACGCAGCAGUGGGUGGCGGAGACCAGGGAGAAAUUCAUCCGAGAAUGCCAAACUGCAUCCCAGCAGCUGCAGUUUUCCUGGAGUAUGUUUGUUGACUGUCCUGGCCACCUGACACACGUUUCUCUCGACCUCUUGCGGCAGCAGCUCCAGGGCGUUCUGGUGGACCUGGGCUUCCAAGAUGGAAGUGUCUCUGCAUUUGACAUUGACUACCGAUUAGGAAGGUACAGAACAUGCAUGACCGCAAAAUGGGCCGCUGAGGAUGCGACCUCCACCAGCCCCGAGCGGAGCCCCAAAGCCGCAAGCGGCACCUGCGUGACGUGUCCCAUUUGUCACGAGCAUGGCCCAGCUGUGGCCUUGGUGCCCUGCGGCCACGUGCUCUGCCGCGACUGCCAUCGUUCCAAACAGCUGCGCCAGUGCCCCAUGUGCCGCAAGGUGAUCACUUCGGCCACCCAAGGGCUCUUCAUGGACUGUGAAAGGUUGAAACAAGAGUCGAGAUGGACUGACCGUCUGAUGGAUCGGCCUCAGGCCUUGGGUCUGUAUGGGCGCUGGCUGGACGCCACGGCUGAUGACGGCCUAGGGUGGCCGGGUCGAAAGGUUUCAAAGUUUCGCAGAUCUCCGCCACUGUUUGGUGCUGAAGCUGGUGAAGCUUCAAAGGAAAUCGGCCUGGACCAAUGGGUGACUGAAGAGAAAGAAACGGCGACCAGCCCCAUUUCAAGGUGCAUUUGCCUGCUGCAGAGGAGAAGGGGGUUUGGGUCUCCUGACUGGCAUGACAUGGACCAUUUCCCACCAGCAGGUGAGAAGGUAAGAUUCAGUACACGGCCUUGUGAGCACCUGUCCUUGUCCGUCAUGUCGUUCGUGCAGCAAUUGGGAAGGAACGUUGUCCGAGCCCAGCAGCGGUACGACAUGGAACGGCAGCAGUACGAGGCCGAGACGCAGCGACUGCUGCAGCUCUGGGUGGCUGAGAUCAAGGAGAAAUUCAUGGCCGAAUGCGUCGAAGCAUCUCACAAGCGGCACCUUUCCUGCACUAUGGUGGUUGGCCAUCCUGACCACCUCGCAGCCAGGGGUGCUGGCGGAGACCUGCUGAACCAGCUCUGGGGCAUUCUGGCGGAGCUGGGCUUCCAAGAUGGAAACCGCUUAGGGCCUGAUUCCAGCUACUGUGCCCUUCUUACCGGCAAGUGGACCGCCGAAGAUGCAACUUCCACCCGCACCACCAGCCCACAGCAGAGUCCCGCAGCCCGCGGUGGCACCUGUGUGACCCGUGGUCCUGGUGCCCUGCGGCCACGUGGUGUGCCGCGAGUGCCAUGGUUGUCAGAAGCUGCGGCAGUGCCCCAUGUGCCGGGAGGUGAUCGCAUCGACCAGUCGUGGGCUUUUCAUGGACUGAGCAUCCUGAGCCCCGACUCUUGGCUGCCAGAACCUUCGGAUGGAGUUUGGUGGAGACAUUUGGUGAGAAACAAAAAGCAUGUGGUCGCAGAUGUGCGUGAAGAAGUUGACACAGGAGCCAUUGCAGUGGAGAGCCCCCCGGAUUCAGUGAUCUGCAUCUCAGAUGGCUUGUUGAAAGCAAUUGAUAGGCUCUCCCCUGUGGCGCCGGUGUGCACUGGAGCGACUCGACGUGCCAUGGUCCCAGCAACAUCUCAGAGAUGUCCAGAGAACGUUGUCCAGGCCCAGCAGCGGUACGAGAUUGAAAGGCAGCAGUACGAGGUCGAGACGCAGCGACUGCUGCAGAUUUGGGCGGCUGAGAUCAAGGAGAAGUUCAUGGCAGAAUGCGAAGCCGCCUCCCAUCAGCGGGAGCUUCGCUGCACCAUGCUGGUUGACUAUCCCCGCAACCUGGGGUCCAGGGAUUAUGUUGACCAAAGCCGCUUGGAGCAGCAGCUCCAGGGCAUUCUGGCAGAGCUGGGCUUCCAAGAUGGAACCGUCACUCCUUUUGAUAGGAUUCAUAUGACUUAUUUUACCUGUGCAGAAAUGACCGCCAAAUGGACCGUUGACAAUGCGACUUCCACCACCCCAGGCCCAAUUCCCACAGCCUCUGGUGGCACCUGCGUGACGUGUCCCAUCUGCCACGAGCAUCGUCCAGCCGUGGUCCUGGUGCCCUGUGGCCACGUGGUGUGCCGUGACUGCCAGCGUUCCAACCAGCUGCGGCAGUGCCCCGUGUGCCGGGAGGUGAUCACUUCGGCCACCCAAGGCCUCUUCAUGGACUGA